AUGAGAGACUCGCGGCCCACUGGGCCUCCAUUGGAGUCCAAUGUCGUGUUCCCUGCGCCCGCGCCACCACCGGCACUUCCACGGACGUGCGCCCCUGCGCUGCUCGGCUCCUUCUACGCGGCAUGUGUCGUCGGGAGCCUCCUUGUGUACGGCCUGUGGCAGGAGCGCAUCAUGUCGCAGCCUUAUGGGGACGCCGACAACGACGGGAACGGCGACAUCUUCACAUUUUCUAUAUUAUUGGUGUUUUUCACCCGGGUAGUCGGCCUGGGGUUCGCGUUGUUGAUGGUUGUUGUCACCCGCGAGCCGCUGUACUGCCAAGCUCCGCUUUGGAAGUACCUAUUGGUCUCGGUGCCAACAGUGGUGGCGAGCAUAUGCCAGUUUGAGGCUCUGAGGUACGUGUCGUUCACGAUGCAGAUUCUCGGGAAGAGUUUCAAAACAGUACUGCUGAUGCUGGCGCUGAGAUCCUGCAUGGGCAAACAGUACAAAAUCCUGGACUGGAUGGUUGCGUUCGGAGUGACUGGCGGAGUGGUAUGGUACAUGGUCGCGGGGCCUCUCAACCCCGAGCACCAUGCUGGGAACCCGCUCUGGGGCCUCGGCCUGCUGUCGAGUUUCAUCGUGCUGGACGGCUUCUCGUCCCUGCUCCAGGACAAGCUGCUUGCGGAGUACAGGAACACCAAGUACAAUCAGCUGUUUCACAACAACGCGACCUCGGCAGUGUUAUCCCUUGGUAUUUGGCUACUGUGCGGCAAGGCCCAGGAGUCGCUGGAGUUCUGCAAGACCCACCCGGCGGUGUACAUGGACGCCUCGAUCAUGAGCGUGUCAGCUAUGAUCGCGCAGUGGUUCAUCCACGUGCAGGUGCAAGAUUUUGGCCGCCUCGCCUUCGCGGCCACGUUCAACCUGAGACAGAUAGUAUCUGUGCUGGCGUCUUACUUGGUCUACAGGCACGCAAUCAGCGGCCCGCAGAUAGCAGGGUUGUCAAUAGUCUUCGCGGUGUUGGUCUUCCAAAGCUUCGCGGGAUGGAUGUACACCCAAGACGAACAGAGGCCGCUGCUGACGAGGGCCGACACCAAGGCCCCGCAGAGCGGCGGUUCCAGGACCGCCAUCCUGCUGAAGCGCUCCGGCCUCGGGGCGUGCCUGCCCUGCGCCGGCGGCCGGGACCGCGAGGCGGUGUGA